UCUGUUGCAGGGUCAGAUAUCCUCCCCCUGGGCUCUGCCUUGAGCUGUGCAAAUUCCAUCAGUGCAAGCAGGCAGAGCUUGGGGUGAGGGGCAGAGGGAAUCAGCCCAAUUCCUGCCCCAGGCAAGAGACCCAGGGCGUGGCCUGAUGGAGGAGGAGGAAAAGCCCCAAAUGUACCUCAUGAAGAGGGGCAGCAAACCCUGCCCAGGGAGCUCUGGGGAGGAAAGAGGCCCUGUGAGCCAGGAAUGCAUCCUGCGAUCCAGCCAGAGCUCAGAGCUAUUGAAGAAGCCUCAUGUCAGGGAGAAGCCACACAGAUGCUUGGAAUGUGGGAAGUGUUUCAGCUGGAGCUCCACCCUGAGGCAGCACCAGGUGAUCCACACUGGGGAGAGGCCCUUUGAGUGUGAGGAGUGUGGGAGGAGUUUCAGCCACAACUCCGUCCUGAUCCAACACCAGAGGAUCCACACUGGGGAGAAGCCCUUUGAGUGUGAGGAAUGUGGGAAGAGCUUCAGGCAGAGGGGCCAACUGAUACGACACCAGGUGAUCCACACUGGGGAAAAGCCCUAUGAGUGUGGGGAAUGUGGGAUGAGCUUUAGGCAGAAGGGCUACCUGGUGCAGCACCACAUGAUCCACACUGGGGAGAAGCCCUUUGAGUGUGGGGAAUGUGGGAAGGGCUUCAGAGGAAGCUCGGCCCUGAUUCGGCACCAGGUGAUCCACACGGGGGAACGGCCCUACAGCUGCUUGGAAUGUGGGAAGAGCUAUGGGUGGAACUCUGACCUGAGAAAACACCAGCGCACCCACACUGGGGAGAGGCCCUACGAGUGUCCUGAGUGUGGAAAGAGGUUUCACAGGAGCUGCGAUCUCCUCAAACAUGAGCGGAUUCACACGGAGGAGAGGCCGUUCCGCUGCCCCGACUGUGGGAAGGGCUUCAAGCAAAACUGCAAACUCACCAUCCACCGGCGCAUCCACACCGGGGAGAGACCCUACGAGUGUUGGGAGUGUGGGAUGAGAUUCUCACAGAGCUCUCACUUGACAGAACACCAACGGAGGCGCCACUGAGGGAAGCCCUGCGAGUGCCCCAAGUGUUUGAAGAGCUUUGUGUGCUUCUCCAGCUCCAUCCGCCAUGAGAGGAUCCACGUUGGAUGAUCCCCAGUGACCAUUGUUGGGCAGAGCCCUGGUGGUCCAUGGUCCUGCUGAUCUGUGUUGGGAAGACACCUGGCUUGGAGGCUUCACAUCUUCCUGGUUCCCUGUGGGCAACGAGAUAAAUGCAGCAGCAGGAACAUCCAUUGGGACACAGACCAGCAAUAGGAAUUCCUUGGGGACAGCAGAUUUCGACUUUCAACCACAUAAAAUCUCUUGCAUUCAAUCCUAUCUUCUGGUAACAUCAGCUAGUACUGAAUGAUGUUGAAGGUAUGUUCAGGGUGGACUGGACUAAAUGAUUCUUGUUUCCCGAGUCUGUUCUGUUUAUGCUGAAUAAUAAGUUUUGUACCUUUAGGACUUGUCCUGAAAGGGGUAGAGAAGAAGCACGGAGUUUAUUUUCAGACUCGGCACUCACUCCUCGACAUUCCUGCUCCUGUGCUCUGUCUGCGGCAAGACAGAGCUCUCCUUUGUUUUAGUUAGUUUAGCUAGCUGAGGCAAAGAAGUUCCCUGGACUGUGGGGUUUUUCCCUUUUCUUUGGACCUGUUUAAACCUGUUCUGGCCUGAACACCCAGGGGAGCACCAGCAGCUCACACCUGUGGCCUACCAGGCCAGGCCUGGGCCGUUGCAUUUCCAGCACCAGAGGGACUGAUAAGAGACUGAGUGAGCCAAGCUACAGCCCAUGGAGGGACUUUGUGAGUUUGUCUCUCUUUUAGAGCAGCAAGAGGUUUUAUUGUUUAAUACUGUUUAGGUUUUAUUGUGUAAUAAACAGGUUUUUCCACUUUC